CUGCCUCAGAUACAAACGAGUUGAUUGUGUUAAUUGGUUGGCAGACAGAUAUCUCAGAUGCUUCAAGAGGAGCUGAAUAUAUAUGACAAAGUUGAUGCAGCUGAACGUGUUGUAGACAUCAUUCAGUCUAAUUUGCAUUGUUGUGGAGUGAAUAAUUGGUCUGACUGGGAAUCUACUAGUUUCUACAAAGCUAACAAGAGCUAUCCUCAGAGUUGUUACGACGAUCCUAAGAAUAAAGAAUCCAAACCUUAUCAAACUGGCUGUGUUGUCGCUUUGGGAAGUGAAGUCCACAGUCACCUAGCGUAUGUCAUUGGAUCCGGAUGCAUCUUUUUCCUUUUACAGCUUCUCAGCUUGCGCAACACAUGUAUUGUAGUCUGUCGUAAUGAUGGCUACAUAAACAUAUAAUUUAUUCAAAUAGUACCUACGAUUCAUUCUGGCUGUUCGUAUGCCUCAUGGUUAAAUGAAGGGACAGCUACUGAGACCAUAAAAUACCAUUCAUUGCCAUAUAUGCUACUUCAUCCGGCAUAGAUCAUUUUAUUAUCUAACUGUUAUAUAUAAAACUCAAAUUUGAUCUCACUUACACUUUUUUAAUUGAUUAAAGCGUCG